GCCACACGUCUUUGCUCACUUGGUGUGGAGAGGAGCGGGCGGAGCUGUACCUGUAGAGCUAUAACACUUUAGAGCUGACACUAACCAUGCCGGAGCUGUCUUCGAAGGGCGCGACCAUCUCUAAAAAAGGUUUCAAAAAAGCCGCAACUAAAACUCAGAAGAAAGAAGGAAAAAAGCGCAGAAGAGGCCGGAAAGAGAGCUAUUCGAUCUAUAUUUACAAGGUGCUUAAGCAAGUUCAUCCAGAUACCGGUAUUUCUUCCAAGGCCAUGAGCAUCAUGAAUUCGUUUGUCACUGAUAUCUUUGAGCGCAUCGCAGGUGAAGCAUCGCGUUUGGCACACUACAGCAAGCGUUCCACUAUCACUUCCAGAGAGAUCCAAACGGCUGUGCGUCUCUUGCUGCCGGGAGAGUUGGCCAAGCAUGCAGUGUCUGAGGGCACCAAAGCUGUCACCAAGUAUACUAGCUCCAAGUAAACUUGCCGAGUAAGCGUUUUUCCACUUAAUAACCCAAAGGCUCUUUUUAGAGCCACUCAAUUUCUGAGAAAGAGCUGUGGACUCUCCAUUGGCCAGAAUGCUUGAAUUGGUAGAUUUAAGGGUUAAACGGUGUUGUGUGAUAUAGCUUUAAGGGCAAGGGUUAACGUAAAGCGUUUGCAAGGACUCUGGUAGUCUGUUUCCUUAGGAUUUCCAAUUGGAAAAUGGAAGCCGCCUGAAAGGCUUUACUCAAGAUCUUUUCUGAGAACUUAUUUCAGUCCCCAGUACCAGAUGUUUGAGUUACUUCUACGGAAUUGAGACUGUGUGAUAGAAGCUGGUUUAUUACAAUAUGUGUGGUAUAUUAAAUGCAAUUCUAGAUAUUUUGUUUCUGUUACUGUAAAUGGUCUUACCUCCCUGUUGUAGAGUUUUGUUAUUUUAUAAGGAAGUACUAAUAUUUAUUCAUCAUUUUUAUAUCUUUACCUUAUACUGAGUUGACUAAUUUUCACCUUAGCCUUCUGGUAUACUUCUGGGUUUUACGCAUUUGCAGUGAGGUGUGAAAAUACCAAAUAUUGCCUCCUUUUAAUUCAUUUCUGAUUUCAUCUGAUUGCAGUGCCCCAUGCUUUAAUAAUGACAUCAAAUUCUUGUUUUACUAUUCGAUUUGCUGAAGAUCUGCACAAUUCCUUAUUGUAUACAUAUGUAUCAUACAAUGAGGAAGAUUAUACUUUAUUGAGAAUUGUAAGCAUGCAUGUUGAAAUUAUAAAAUGCCUUUUGAGCAUCUCUGGAGAAUAGUCAGACUUUUUUUCUUUAGAGAUAUGAUGGUGAGUUAUUUUAGAAACUUCCUAAUACUGAGUCAUCUCUUGAAUUUUUUUUCUUCUUAGAGCUGUACCUG